CUUCCAUUUUGUGCAACGUCCGAGCCGCUAAGUGCGUCAGUUGUGGAGAGACUGGAGAGGCGUUGAGUUCGUGUGUGGUGUGCGUGUGAGUGUGCGUGCGUGUGUGUGUGUGUAGGGAGGCAGACAGCUCCGUCGCAGACUACGGACCUCUCCGGGGUCUCAGCCGCCAAAGACCCCGUCCGGUAGGUGAGUGGCUCGCUUUGAGGGCAAGGCUUCUCGGAUCGAGGCUUCUUCAUGGCCGCUCGGGUCGCCAGUGGCCGGGGCUUCGCUCUUUGCGGAGGACGGCGUCUAAAGAGAGCGCAGUUGAUUUGAGGAAACGCUAGCCGGGCAUCAUGAGUGGCUGUCGAGUGUUCAUUGGGAGACUAAAUCCAGCAGCGAGGGAGAAAGAUGUGGAAAGAUUCUUCAAGGGUUACGGACGAAUCCGAGAUAUUGACUUGAAAAGAGGUUUUGGUUUUGUGGAAUUUGAGGACCCAAGGGAUGCAGAUGAUGCAGUUUAUGAACUUGAUGGGAAGGAACUUUGCAGUGAAAGGGUGACGAUUGAACAUGCUCGGGCUCGGUCUCGAGGUGGAAGAGGUAGAGGACGAUACUCCGACCGUUUUAGCAGUCGCAGACCUCGAAAUGAUAGACGAAAUGCUCCACCUGUAAGAACAGAAAAUCGACUUAUAGUUGAGAAUUUAUCCUCAAGAGUCAGCUGGCAGGAUCUCAAAGAUUUCAUGAGACAAGCUGGGGAAGUAACCUUUGCGGAUGCACAUCGACCUAAACUAAAUGAAGGGGUAGUUGAGUUUGCCUCUUAUGGUGACUUAAAGAAUGCUAUUGAGAAACUUUCUGGAAAGGAAAUUAAUGGGAGAAAAAUCAAAUUAAUUGAAGGCAGCAAAAGGCACAGGUCAAGAAGCAGGUCACGUUCUCGGACCAGGAGUUCCUCUAGGUCCCGUAGCCGAUCCCGUUCGCGAAGGAGCAAGUCUUACAGUCGAUCAAGGAGCAGGAGCCGGAGCCGGAGCAAGUCCCGUUCUGGUAGUAGGUCUCCUGUGCCUGAGAAGAGCCAGAAACGUGGUUCUUCGAGUAGAUCUAAAUCUCCAGCAUCUGUGGAUCGCCAGAGGUCCCGAUCCCGGUCCAGGUCCAGAUCAGUUGACAGUGGCAAUUAAACUGUAAAUAACUUGCCCUGGGGGCCUUUUUUUAAAAAUACAAAACAAAUUCCCAAACCAUACUUGCUAAAAAUUCUGGUAAGUAUGUGCUUUUCUGUGGGGUGGGAUUUGGAGGGGGUUGGGCUGGAUUUCUUUGUAGAUGUGGACCACCAAGGGGUUGUUGAAAACUACUUGUAUUAAAUGUCUUUUGAUAAGCCUUCUGCUCACACUUUUGUGACUGUCUGAAGUAUAUAGUUUGUGUAUAUUGAUAGAGCUCUUUUAUAACUAAAGCAUUUAAUUUUUUGUACUAGAAAAACUUUUGAAUAUUUUAGUUCAUUGUUCAGAUAUGUUAACUCAAGAUUAGUUUAAUUACUCUAAUGAAUAGUUUUUGGACACUUUAAAAGAGCUCUAAAUUUGCUUGUAUAUAAAGGCUUAAUAUGAGUUUUACUUGUUAGGGUCAAGGGUGUCUUCUUGCCCAUUAACAGCUGUAGAUAGACAUUAAAGUAAAGCAGCUGUUUGUUAUUGAUAAUAAAAUACUAAGUAUUAUAAAACUG